CACAACACAUCCAUUAUAUUACAAGAUCCUUCCUCUCUUGAUUCAGAAGAACUUUGACUUGGUGAUAGGACAGAGCUAAGAUGGGGAGAAAGUUCUCAGGGUUGGAGGUGACCCUGAUGGUCCUGUUCACGCUGAUGUUUAUCGUAGCCACUGCUUUCGUAGUUCUGUUCGCCACUGGACACCCUGGGGUCAUUAAAGAUGAAGAACCUCCAAAGCCGUUCAUUGCAGAGUGCCCCAAGAUCCCCGUGGCUGAAAGAGUAGACUGUUUCUCUGAUGGUGGAGCCUCAAAGUUAAAAUGUGAACAGCGUGGAUGUUGCUGGAACCCACUGGAAGAGAGGAACGUUCCCUGGUGUUUCUUCCCGACCAACCACGGGUACACAGCAGAAUCAGUUGAACAGCGAAAUCCUUAUGUGAUGAAAGCCCAGCUGAAGAGAAUGGCCUCUCCUUCUUUAUUUGGGGCUGAUAUACAGGAGCUGUCAUUUCACGCAGAAAUGCAGUCAAGCAAUCGACUCAGAUUUAAGAUCUCCGAUGCCCACAGUGAGAGGUUCGAGGUCCCCCAUGAGCACGUCAGCCGCCUCAAGAGUGACCCGUCCAGCCCCAUCAGCAACACUCUGGAGAUCUCACACAAGCCCUUUGGCCUAACUGUGCGUAGGAAGGAGAACAACAAAGUCCUGUUUGACACUACGAUGGCUCCUCUGGUGUUUGCAGACCAGUACCUGCAAAUUUCUGCUCGGCUUCCUUCCCAUAAUAUUUAUGGUCUAGGAGAACAUGUGCACCAAAACUAUCGCCACAGGACAGACUGGAGGACUUGGCCCAUCUUCACCCGAGACGCUUUCCCGAACGGGGGAACACAUAACCUCUACGGACACUAUCCCUUCUUCCUUUGCCUGGAAGAUGAGAGUGGAAAGUCAUUCGGGGUCUUCCUCAUGAACAGCAAUGCUAUGGAGGUGACCCUGAUGCCUGCUCCAGCUGUGACAUACAGGACAAUCGGAGGAAUCCUCGACUUCUACAUUCUCUUUGGGGACACACCAGAACAAGUGGUGCAGGAGUUUCUUGAGCUCAUUGGCAGACCUGUCAUUCCUCCCUACUGGUCACUGGGAUUCCAGAUUUCUCGGUGGGACUACGGAAGCCUGAGUGAGGUCAAGAAAACAGUGGAGAGGAACCGUGCUGUGAGCCUCCCAUACGACAUCCAGUACACUGACAUAGACUACAUGGAGGAUAAGAAAGACUUCACCUAUGACAAGGUCAAGUUCAAGGAGCUGCCUCAGUUUGCCGACUACCUCCAUGAGAAGGGUCAAAGAUACAUCCUCAUCCUGGACCCUGCAGUGGCCACCAGUAAGCGAGUAGGAAAUGCUUCAUAUGACUCAUAUGACCGUGGGACUGAGAAGAAGGCCUGGGUCUUUGACUCCGAUGGGAAAACACCUCUGUUGGGAGAGGUGUGGCCAGGAGAGACGGUGUUUCCAGACUACACUAGCCAAAACUGCAUAGACUGGUGGGUUGACGAGUACGAGCGAUUCUCCCGGGAGAUCAAACAUGAUGCCCUCUGGAUUGACAUGAACGAGGUGGCCAAUUUCAAGAAAGGUUCAACAAAAGGCUGCGCCGACAACAAUCUCAACUACCCUCCCUACACUCCAAAGAUUCUGGAUGAGGUGAUGUACAGCAAGACUCUGUGUAUGGAUGCCAAGCAGGCCUGGGGGAACCACUACGAUGUCCACAGUCUCUAUGGCUACUCUAUGGUCCUGGCUACUGAAAAAGCCCUGCAGCGGGCAUUCGGAGGAAAUCGCACCCUGAUGCUGACUCGCUCCUCCUUCCCAGGUGUGGGGAAAUAUUCGGGUCACUGGCUAGGGGACAACGCCGCCAACUGGAACGACAUAAAAUGGGCCAUUCCUGGCAUGCUGGAGUUUGGCCUUUUUGGGGUUCCCUACAUCGGAGCUGACAUCUGUGGAUUCUUUGACAACUCCCCCGAAGAGUUGUGUCGACGCUGGAUGCAGGUGGGAGCGUUCUACCCCUUCAGUCGCAACCACAACGCUCAGGGCUACGAGCCCCAGGAUCCAGCUGUGUAUGGCGCCAAUUCACUGCUGGUGAAGAGCUCCAAACAUUACCUGACAAUCCGUUACACACUCCUGCCUUACCUCUACACACUCUUCUACAAGGCACACACCACAGGAGAGACCGUCGUACGUCCGGUCAUGCAUGAGUUCUACUCUGACAGCAUCACCUGGUCAGUGGACCGCCAGUUCCUCUGGGGAAAACACCUGCUCAUCACACCUGUACUGGAUCAGGGCGUGACCAACGUGGACGCAUAUGUACCGGAUGCUGUGUGGUACGAGUACGAGACGAUGGUGCGGAUUGCUGACCGUAAAAAGCACGUCAGCAUGUAUCUGCCGGCUGACAAGCUUGGUUUGCACAUCAGAGGUGGUGCGAUCCUCCCCACUCAGAAACCCGAUGUCACCACAACAUACAGUCGGCGUAACCCCAUGGGCUUGAUCAUUGCUCUUGAUGACAACGGCAAGGCGGCUGGGGAGCUAUUCUGGGAUGAUGGAGAUUCCCGAGAUACCGUUAAAACGGGGAACUACGUCCACUACACGUUCUCCGUUGUCCACGAUGUACUGACAAUGCAGGCAACCCAUGCUGGCUACAAGGAUCCGAACAACCUUAAGUUUGAAACUAUUACCAUCCUCGGGGUGGCGACUCCUCCUCUAUCCGUCACUGUCGGCACUGGAAACACCACCACAGUGCUGCCAAACACAAACAUAGAGUAUGAUAGCACCAAGCAGGUUCUAUUCCUGACCGGACUCACCCUGGCUCUCGGGGAGACCUACGUGGUGCAGUGGGAACUGGCGGAAGAGGAAAAGAACCGUUUUGACUGCCAUCCAGAGGAAAAUGCAGACCAGAACAAGUGCCAGGCCAGAGGAUGUAUCUGGGCGCCAAACACCCAUGGUGCUCCAUGGUGCUUCUAUCCAAAAGACCACGGUUACACUGUUACAAAUACCACAGAAAGCAGCUCAGGCAUGACGGCGGACAUCACUCGUAACAAGAAGUACAGGAGCAGUGGUCGCCCGGGGUCACCGGACAUAGACACACUCAGUGUUAAAAUCGACUACAACACCGGUGACAUGUUGCGAUUCAAGAUCUGGGACCCCACGAAACCUCGAUAUGAGGUUCCUGUGCCGCUGUCACUCCCUCCUGCUCCUGAAACCGAUGAGAAAAAAAGGCUGUACAAGGUCCAAAUAACCAAAAACCCAUUUGGCAUCCAGGUCAUACGGAAAAGCACAGGGACAAAGAUUUGGGACUCCUCUGUGCCAGGUUUUACUUUCUCAGACAUGUUCAUUCAAGUGUCAACUAAGCUGUCAUCCGAGUUUGUCUACGGCUUCGGAGAGACAGAGCAUCCUACCUUUAAGCACAACCUCAACUACCACACGUGGGGAAUGUUCUCCAAGGACCAGCCUCCUGGUUACAAGAUGAAUUGCUAUGGGGUGCAUCCCUUCUACAUGGGCUUAGAGGACACCGGGGAUGCUCAUGGUGUGCUGCUGCUGAACAGCAACGCCAUGGAUGUGACAUUCCAGCCUAAUCCAGCUUUAAUCUAUAGAACUCUGGGAGGCAUCCUGGAUUUCUAUAUGGUCCUGGGACCCACACCUGAGAUGGUGGUGCAGGAGUACACUGCACUGAUUGGACGUCCUGUGCUACCUGCCUAUUGGUCUCUUGGGUUCCAGCUCUGUCGCUAUGGCUACUCCAAUGACAAAGAAAUAGCAGAUCUUUACAGAGACAUGAAGAAAGCGGGGAUACCCUAUGAUGUGCAGUACGGAGACAUUGAUUAUAUGGAUCGUCAGCUGGAUUUUGUCUUGGACCCAGAGUUUAAGAACCUGCCUGCCUUGGUCGACAGCAUGAGAGGAGAGGGCAUGAAGUUCAUCUUCAUCCUGGAUCCAGCCAUUUCAGGCAAUGAGACAGAACCUUACCCUGCCUUUGACAGAGGCGAAAAGGCGGACGUCUUCAUCAAAUGGCCCAAAGAGCUCAGCAAUGACAUUGUGUGGGGGAAGGUCUGGCCAGAUUUUCCUAAUGUCACUGUGAAUGAAUCUCUGGACUGGGACUCACAAGUGAAGCUCUACAGGGCUUACGCUGCAUUCCCCGACUUUUUCCGCGAGUCGACGGCAAAAUGGUGGCUUCAAGAAAUCAAGGAUUUCUAUAAUAAUGUCAUGAAGUUCGAUGGCCUCUGGAUUGACAUGAAUGAACCUGCUAGUUUUGUCCAUGGCACAGUCGGGGAGAAGUGUCUGGGUAAUCCACUUCUGGAGAACCCUCCAUACAUGCCACCCUUGGAGUCCAAACAUCUCGGCUUAAACCAUAAGACUCUGUGCAUGAACAGUGAGCAGAUACUCAGUGAUGGAAAGAGAGUCAAACACUUUGAUGUACAUAGCCUUUAUGGCUGGUCCCACACCAAACCUACCUAUGAUGCUCUGCUGAGUGUGACUGGUAAGAGAGGCAUAGUGGUGACACGAUCCACAUACCCCUCUAGUGGGAAAUGGUCUGGGCAUUGGCUGGGAGACAACGCUGCCAGCUGGGACCAGCUCUACAAAUCCAUUAUAGGCAUGAUGGAGUUCAGUCUCUUUGGCAUUCCUUAUACUGGGGCAGACAUAUGUGGCUUCUUUAAUACAGCUGAGUAUGAAAUGUGUCUUCGCUGGAUGCAACUGGGUGCCUUCUAUCCAUACUCGCGCAACCACAACGGCAAAGGAAGUCCAAGACAAGACCCUGUCGCUUGGGAUGCCAAAUUUGCUCAGGUGUCUCGGGACGUCCUGAACAUCCGUUACACCCUCCUGCCUUACCUCUAUACACUGAUGUUUGAGGCUCACACCAAAGGAAGUACAGUCAUCAGACCUCUGUUGCAUGAGUUUGUGAAUGAUAAAACUACAUGGGACAUCCACAAACAGUUCCUCUGGGGACCUGCUCUACUAAUCACCCCUGCCCUUGACAAGGGAGUCACCUCCGUGAAUGGCUAUGUUCCUAAUGCCCGCUGGUAUGACUACCAUACGGCCAAAGAUAUUGGAGUGCGUGGCGUGAUGCUGAGCAUGGCCACACCCUUGGACCAUAUAAACCUUCAUAUCAGAGGAGGCUAUAUCAUCCCCUGGCAGAAACCAGAGACUAAUACAUUUUACAGUCGGAAGAAUCCUUUAGGGCUGAUUGUUGCCUUGAAUGACAAUGGAACUGCUCAAGGAUCGUUCUUCUGGGAUGACGGAGAAGGAAUAGACACCGUUCCGGGAGGAAAGUAUCAGCUGACCUCCUUUGCAGCAGAGUCGAGCACCUUGACCUGCCAGGUCACCCACAACACCUUGGACCCUGCUGACCAGUUGAUCGUAGGCGUGGUGAAGGUUUGGGGCGCAGGCAGUGUUAAAAUCACAUCAGUGACCUUAAGAGACAAAGCUGGAAAGGACUACCCACUGACACCACAGCACAACACUGACACUCAGGAGCUGAUUAUAGAUGCUACUUCAAAGUCUGUUCGUGUGGACCAGCUUUCCACCAUAACAUGGAGUAGGAACUGAGCAGACGCCCGUUUUCUUUUUCUUUUUUUUCCUCUGUUUCACUGACAAACAAGAAUAUAUCUGUGUAUAGGGUUUUUUUUUUUUUCCUUGUCAUAAAUUAUAAUGUAAGCAAAUGCGGUCUUCACGGGAAAUACUCUUAACAAUCAAAUUGAAUCACAACUCGUGUGUAAAUGCUCAGUUUUUGGUUGGAAACAUUUAUAUGAAAUAUUACUGUGCUUUUAAAAAUGACAUGCCAUCGCUGUGGAUUCAUGACAUGAUGUCAAAACACAUAAUAAAUGUA